UGAAAAAAUUUCAGUUUACCACUUAAUUUUCGGUCGACAGCAGCCGGCACUAUCUGCUCUGCGUCCGGCGACCGGUCUUUCCCGUGCCGAGGAAGAACGCAAAAGAAAGGGGGGCUCGUGCAAAAAAAACACGCUAUCCGGUGAAAAGUGGACAUUUUAAAAAGUUCUACAACAUCAGUUGCGUUAAAAAUGUUGCGCCAACUAUUGCCAGUGCUAUGUCUGGUGGCAUUAUGUCACGCAGAGAUUCCCAUCUUUGAGAUUGGCUCAUUCCCCGCCGACACCGAUACGAAGGUGGCACCCAGCCAAAAACAAGAACAAUUCGGUGGAUAUGUCAUAGGGAAGCCCACCGAACAACUGCCCGAACCGACCAACCAAUGUCAAGGUGGCCCGGAUGAGUGCGGCUACGAGUAUGAGCCACCCAAGUGUCCGUGGGAAGAUGGCCAGGCGCAAACCGUCGUCGAAACCACCACGGAGGUCCGCACGGAAACGAGCGUCCAGACGACCACGGCUACCGUUACCGAAACCAUCCCGACCACCGUUACGACAACGCUGACCAGUGCCACUCCGUUCUGCGGAACGACCAACACUUAUCUGCCGCCGGAUACGACGACCACGCUACCGCCGGACACUAAAACAGUUACCGUAACGCAGCCACCGAUAACGACGACGAAGACACUGCCACCAACGACGACCACGAUCACCUCGCGGGGACCUCCACUGACGACGGAGCGUACCGUCACGCCGACUACCACGAUCGUGAUCAGCAAGACGCCGUUCGUGACGGCUACGCGUACCGUAACGCCUACCUCGACCAACAUCAUCACUGCCAGCAGCGUCUCGAUAACGCGUACGAUCACACCUACCUCGACGUACAUCUCGUACAUGCCCUCGACGACCAUUACCCGUACCGUAACGCCCACGUCCACCAAUGUGUUCUAUGCCGACUCGGUCACCGUCAACCGCACGGUAACGCCGACGUCUACUAACGUUUUCUACCUACCGUCGACCACGGUUAAUCGCACCGUAACGCCCACCUCCACCAAUGUGUUCUAUGCGGGUGAGGUCACCGUGAACCGCACCGUUACGCCGACCAGUACCAACGUGUUCUACCUACCAUCGACCACCGUCAAUCGGACCGUGACGCCUACCUCGACCAACGUGUUCUACGUUGCCUCCGUAACGGUGAACCGAACCGUUACGCCAACGUCCACUCGACUGUUCUACCUCGACUCGGUUACUGUGGACAGGACGGUUGUGCCGACUUCCACCGUUGUGAUUACGCUGGACCAGACACGCACGCAAACACGCACGGUAACGCCCACGUACGUUGUGCAGCAAACGGCCGAAACUGCUACCGUUACUAGAACACUUACACCAUCGUACGUCGUUACACAAAGCGUACCAACCGUUACGGUAACCCGCACCGUCACUCCUUCCAGUGUACUUACGACGACGGCUUCCACGACGAACGUGAUCACACGCACCGUUACGCCGCAGGCUACUAGCACGACCACCGUAACGGCUCCCGUUCGUACCAUCACGCAGACCGCAUCCACAACCGUCACCGUAACGCCCAAGCUCUCGGUAACGCCGACCAUCUACUCCACCGUCACUCUGCCACCAGUCAUUAAGACCGUGUGCGAACCGGCCCGUACCUAUCUGCCCGAUCCGGGCGUAACCACCAUCACCCGCACGCAGACGGAAACGAAAACGGAAGUGUCCACCACCACCGUCAUUGCCUGCACGCCUACCAACGCGUACCUGCCGGUAAAGGAAACCGUGGCCGCCAAUCAACUGUCGCCCGCCUUUGCCCGUGUGCCCAGUCUGCACCGUGAGGUUCUGCCACCUCAGGACGACGAACGAAACAACCUGAUCUGGAAUGCUUAAAGCAACAAGUUGUAGGAAGAAAAAGGGAGCCUUUUCACUCCAAUAGCUCGAUAGAGUAGCAUCAAGCGUCAAGACGCGAUACAGAAAAGAAACAGAAAUACUCAUACCUUCGUUUGCUAAGUGUGGUUGUAAGCCGGCAACUGUGGGCCGCCCGCCCACAGUGAGCAGUGAUUAGUUGUAGGAUCCCCGCUCGUAAAUCAAUGUACAUAAAAAAACUCCUCCGGAGAGGACAAAGCUAGAUCGUUGGAGUUGUUGCAUCCUUUUGUGUUCACCUAUUUACUGCUCCUCUCACCUUAUUUCACUUUGUGGCAGAUAUAUUUCCUACCCCUAGCUGACACCAGGACUGGUUACUGAUUGCGUUAAAAAAAGCUAAAACCAAUAACAGCAACCUGGUUGUGAUUUCCUUUGUAGUUACUGUGUGUGUAAGUGUGUAAAUGUGUGUGCGUGUGGUGUUCGUAAUGAUUUCACAAAUAAAGUCUUUGAUUGAUCAAA